AUGACAGCCAGUCAUGAUUUCCUUUUUUCCCCCCUUUGCACCCCGGGUGCAAUAUCUGAUGGAUCUCGGUCCCGUCUCCCCUUUUCACGUAAUCGUAUCGUGACUAUAUAUUCGACGGGCCAAAAGCGAGAGAAACAGUGUCGAGUGUCGGAGAUAUCAGUGAACAUGAAGUAUCUUCUCGUUUGCAGCGUGGUUGCAUUGCUGGUGCUCACAGUAAGCAGACCUUUGCCUUUAUUUAUCGUGCCCUCGAACGACGAAAAUGUCCUUGCAGCUUCCUCGGAGUCUAGUUCCUCCAACUCUAACGACUCUUAUAGCGAACGAAAGAAACGCAGCCCUCAUGAUAGUCAAUGUGGACCACCACCAAGACCACCAUGCGGACCACCUCCUGGACCACCACCUGAAGAUGUAAUGAAUGCAGCAAGUACAGCAAUGCCUGACACUGGAUCUUCUGGAUCUUCUGGAUCUUCUGGAUCUUCUGGAUUUGUGACUGGUAGAAACAUGAUGAGAGGCAAGAGGGCUGCUCAGAAUGGAGGAGAUAAUGAUGGAAAAGGUGGAAAUGGUGGAGGUGGCAUGCCGGGAAUGCCAGGUAUGGGAGGUAUGGGAGGUAUGGGAGGUGACAUGGGUGGUGGAUUUGGAUUUAGCAUGGGUGCUAAUGCAGGAGCUGGAGCUGGAGCUGGAGCUGGAGGUCAACGUGGAGGUGGUGACGUUGUUUCGUCAAAACGAUACAAAUGGCCGUCUCUCAGAGGCUUUUACCAUUGAGAUGCGUCAUAUGCAGAGCAAAGAUCUUACGUCUGAAACAGACCCUCAUCCCUCGGGACUACUCGAUGUCAGGGAAGUCUUGGGUUCUGCCACAAAGCGCGUCAGAGUAUAAUAUGGGAACAGGCAUGUCUGUUGGAGUGACUGGACCCGGUGGUAGAUGGGUCGCUGGAAAUGUGCCAGCCUCAGCGUCCUUAUACUCUAUGGCCAGUGGCUCAUCCUCUAUUUCUGGAGUGUCUUCCGUAUCUUCUACGAGUUCGUCUUCUGCAAGUAGCACCGGAAGCUCUAACCUUGGCAAGCCUACGAGGGUAAGGCAACCUUCUGGCGCGACUCUGAGACGCUCGCAGACUCAAUCCAUGAAAAUGAGAAUUCAGGAGUAUCAAGAUCCAGUUCAGCAAAUCGCUGAGGAGGAAGAGGUGAUGAGGGAAAAUCGGGAUCGCAGAUUGCCGCCAAUCAAGGAAUUCCAAAGAGAUUAUCGCGCGGGAAAAGCAUCGACUAGGAUAAGAUGUGCUCAAAAAAUCGUGACACAAUUGGAAACGUCGCCGAGUCCGAGGGACUCGAGCAACGUGACCAGUUCUUCGUCCUCGUCGGCGAAGUCCACGUCGAAGAGGCCUCAGUCGGCGCCGAAGUUGUCGGUGGUCCAGGAGAUCCAGAAGUCGAAGAAGGAGAAGGAGAGGGAGAAAGAACGGGAAAAAGCGGAGAAAGCUCGUCAGAAGGAGGAGGAGAAGGCGGAGAAGAUCAGGCAAAAGGAGGCGAAGAAACUGGCCAAAGAGGAGAAGAAACGAGCGAAGAAAGAGGCGAAAACGAGGCGAAAGGAGGCCGAGGAAGCCCUCCUCAGAGAAGAAAAGUAGUCUUCGAACUAGUCGAACAAGAGCGACGGGUAGAAGUUCAGUGCGAUCAAUAAGGUAUUCCAAGAUCCUGGAGAUGGGAUUUUUUGAAUACGAUUGAUCUCGUCGUGCUCGGGGCUGGUUCAAGCCGACUCGCGAGCGCGAUCAUUAUUAGGAAAAAGAAAAAGAGUGGAAGAAAGAAAAAAAAAAUCAAAGGAUUCGCGAGCAUUUUAUAAUUCUUAGAGCCUAGUUAGAAAUUUUUCUCGGGGUACAUGCGAUCUCUCGAUUUCAAGCGACAUGGCGUUUCAUUGUGACGAGAAUGGAUCUAUUUAUUGACUAUAUCAACACGUUGACUGAUCACGCGAGAUUUCUACGUUAAAUUCUAAUUUGACGCACUCGAGACCAAUGACGUAACCGUUGCUUCAUUUAAUACCUCUACUGAAUAGCCAAAAACGUAACGUGUGCGUCAUUGAUCGAGAUCAAUGUCAUUCAGCCCGAAAAAUUUUAUUAGCGAAAUCAACUGUAGAGUAAGGCCUCUGAAACAUUGUACAAGGGUUGAUUUUAACAUCACGUAAAAAAUACCGUGCUGUGAGCAUGAUCGUUGACGUAUAAAAAUAAUGAGAUCAGACGAGAUGCGUUUGUACUAUAGCUUCAAAGAAAGAACAAUUUAGUGAAAAGAAAAAUGGCGUACAAAACACUUGAAAUAACGAAGAUGGAUCAGUGGAAGCACAUUUACAUUUUAUCUAGUUAUUAUAGAUAUCAUUUCAAAUUUUUCCGCCCGAAAAUUCAUUUUAUUUCAAUCUAAACAAAAUUAAUUAUUCAUUAUCGAUUAAACAUUUUAGAUUGAAAUAUAAUCCAAAUUACUAUAGACAAUAUAAUUUAUAUAUAUAUAUAUAUAUA